CUUUGUUUUCCCGGGUAAACUCGUGUCCCUGUGAUACAGGAUACAUGAUAAAAGGAAUAUUUGAGUCAUGUUGGGUCAACUGAGGCUAAACCUGGAGUAUUAUAAUCAGUCGGAUUUUAGUCAGAGCCUCGAAAGGCAUUUAAAAGGCAUUCCCAUAUCAUUUUCAAGAACUACUGGAAAUCUUAAUCUGGAAAUCGUAAUCAAGUCUUCUAUUCUUAAAGAUUGCACAAAUAUUCCUAGAAGUUUAAGUAGCCUACUUUAAGGCACACAUUAAUAUGAAAAACAAAUAAUUCUCUUUUGAACAAACACGGAACUCCUCAUCUCGAGUAAAGGUUUCGCACGGAAUCUUCUAGCGGACCACACAAGGUCUGCUGUUCCCAUAGGAACCAAACUGACGGAGUUUGCACAAAGAUGUAGAAUAAAUGAUUGGUUUCUACAUUGAGGACAGGCUGAACCAUGUCCUCCAUGCAGGACAGUGCAGAUCUUGAGGCCCAGCUAGCUUCUAAGGAGAAAGAAUGGAAAGAGCUUCAGGCAUUGCGUGUUCAACAGCUGGAGACUGCACUGUCUGAGGUCACCAGUGAGCUUUCUACCCAGAGAGAACGCUUCCUGCGUUUGCGGGAUGAUUUUCAGUAUAACUUGCGUGUGCUUGAGGAGCGGGAUAGAGAGCUGGAGCGCUACGAUGCAAUGGCUGUCCGCAUCCAGACAGAAGAGAGUGCCCAGAAAGCAGAGCUCAGUGAGCUGAGGAUCCAGCUAGCCAAACUGCAGGAUGCCCUGGGAGAGGAAAAAAGACUAAAAGAAGAUUUGCAGUCUCAGUAUCAGAAGAGGGGAGUAGAGCACCGGCUACAGCUGGAGAGAGUGUACAAUACGAAGGAGGAUGAGAUUCAGACACUCCGUGAAGAGAACGAGAUGCUGAAACGGGAUCUCCAACGGCGAAUCCAGGCAUCAGAUGGGGAGCUUGCACUGCAGAAACAGGAAAUGUUGGCAGACUUCGACAGUGAGAUGAGAAAACGGGAACACGAGUUCAACCUGAGACUGGAUGAGAUGCGUAAUGCUGUGCUGUCUCAUGAGCUCAAGGUGCAGCUUCUGAAUAAAGAGUUGGAUCUCCAUGCCAAAAGCCACAGUGAGGCUGUUGAGGCACUGCAGCUGUCUGAGCAACUCUGUCAACAAGCACAGAAAGAAAUCCUGAACAGAGACUGGGAACUCAAGAACACAUCUGCAGUCAAAGACUCAAGGAUAAAAGAGCUUGAGGAAAAAGUGACCCAAAUGAAGGCUAAACAUAUAAAAGAGGACGAAGUCAGCAACAGAAAGCAUGCAGAGUUGGAACGCAGGGCCCGGGAGAAAGAAACUGCUCUGGAGGCCAUGAAGGAGGCGCAUGUAUCUGAAAUGCACGAGGAGAAAAAGAAAGCCACACAGCUCCAGAUGCAGCUAGACAGAAUGGUCCUGGAGCAGGAGAAGGGAGACAAAAGACAUGCAGAUGAGAUGUCACAAAAAGAGCAGCAGAUCAAGGAGCUCUGUGCACAGCUGGAGAAGACACAGGCCAGUUGGGAUGCUUACAUCACCCAGGUCUCUAAAGAAACGGUUGCCAAGGACACACAGCUGCUCUCUGCGGGGGACAGAGAAGCCAAAAUCAAAGCAGAGCUACAGAAAUGUAAAGAGGAUUCGGAGAGGUAUAAGCAGCAGUUGGCUAAUGCAAUUCAGAGGGAACAGGCUCUGGAGCAGAAGCGUGUUCAGUUGGAGCUGGACUGGGAGCGGCGCUGUGAGGAAGUCCGCGCUGAACACUACCUCAAGAGUGAAGAGCUUAUCCAUGGCCUUACCCAGUCCAGAGAAAAGGUAAAUGCUGAAUUGAGAGAGAAGGAGCGAGAGCUGCAGGAAACACUUGCUUUGCUAAGAAGCGUGACCAUUGAGAGAGACCAGGCUCUGCAUGGAUUUACCUCAAAAAUCUCUCAGGUAGCUGGAACAGAAAGUAACAGCUUUCCUUCAGAGGAGAUCCGUCGGCUUCAGCAGCAGAACAGCAGCCUGCGGGAGGUGGUAACUGAGAUGAGGAGACAAAUGGAGACUCUCAGCACACAAGUGCCCCUACCUCAGAACUCCGUGACCGUUCAGCACAGUGACCCUAUACCCUCCUCCACUGCUGGAGCUAUAGAAUACAACCAGGCGCUAGAAGUGGAGCUACAAAAGCUGAAGGCUAAAUGUAGACAUCUUGAAGAUCAGUUAGAAGAAGCCUCUAAAACAACUGUUAGCAAUCCAGCUUCUACAAAUGUGCUUCCUGUUUCACCUGAUAAUGCUUACCUGCAAAACCACAUCAGAUCCCUCAACGAAACUAUAGGUGGACUGCGUGCAGAAAAAGUAGCCAGCGCUGCUGCACUAAAGAAGCAGGAAGUGAGGCUGGCCCAUUUGGAAUCAGUGGUUAAUCAGCUCACACAGCAGUGUCACUCACAACAAAUGGAGAAUGAAGCAUUAAGAUUAGAAUUGGCUAAUCAAAAAAGAGACGCAGCAACUGAAGAGGGACGUUUGAAGCAAAGGCUCACUACUGCAGAGAUGCAGCUAGAGGAGGUGAAGAGAGAGGCAGAGGAGUACCAAAAAGGCAGCGUUCUUCAUAAUCUGGAAACUGUUGCCCUGGGCAACGAGGUCUCUGCACUAAAACUGGACAUUGCAAGCAGGAGAGAGCCCAUUGUACUAAAGCAGAGCGAAAUGGUGAAGCAGCUUCAGGAGGAGAAUAUCAGCCUGAGGCAGCAGCUGCUGUUACAGGGUACUGUAUCAGGCAAUCCCCAUCUGUUCCAAACAAAACUCAAACAGGCAGCUCGUUUGAUAUCUCGCCUCAGCCAGGAAAAACAGCAGCUCAUUGAGCUGGGCAACAGACUCAGGGCUCAGCUGAUAGACUCAGGGCUGCACGAUUUGCAACAUUCUGUGACAAGAUCCAAGCCUGUCCUUUGUGAGAAAGAAGACUCUAAAGAUGAGUCUGAUGCUCAGCCACAUGAUCGUUUAUCUGCCUUGGAACAACUUCAGUACAAGCUUACUACUCAGGAGCUGCAAUAUGCCCAGAGAGAUCAGAGUAACAGAAAUCCCAUUAUAGUUCAUCCCUUGUCUGGGAGUGGGAGUGGGGCCAGUGACACCAACCCAUGGGAACUUCCAACAGGAGUUAGAGUCCAGCAUUCAGUCUGUAAAGAGAACAUUCCCCCUGUUCAGUCGCAUUACAAGAGCCCAGUGCAGCGUCAGGCCAGCUCUCCCCAAACCCUGCUGUCCUCCAUGAGUACUGAUGAGUCUCUACAGGAUGUGUGGAAGAUGCUGGAGCAUGGCUUAAGUUCUACAGUGCUCACUCCUAGUAACAGUGAGGACCAAGAUACGGUUCCUGUGUCAGCCAGAGCCGAGGAACACAGAAAUACUCCACAGCCGGGAUUACCAGUUCGAGUUCAGGGAUUGAAAGCGGCGAUCCAGGAGAGAAACAAACAAGCCAGAAUUACAUCUGAACCCGGUAAAAAGGCAAAGCCUGCUGGGAAGACAGUAAAGAUUAGAAAUUACAACAUUAAAGACUGAAACUAUGCAGGUACAAAAUGUGCCAUCGAAGUGGGAUUUUGAAACUAUUUAACAAACCUGAUUUUUAGGUUUUAUGAGCAGUGUGUUCAGAUAUGUGAAAUAUUUGUAACCUUUUCUGAAUUCUUAAUGUGGGUUCCUUGUAAAAAUGUAUCUUGUAAAUUAUUUGUCAGAUCACUAUUAUUAUUAUUAUAUAUUAUAAAUUAUUUUAUAUUAAUAUCCUAUAUAAAAUACUGCAUGGGGAAAAUCAUGUAAGGAAAUUUCACAAUAUUUUAAAUU